GCUACGGUUCAGUUAAGAGUGACUGUGUUGCUAGUGCCCAGCAGAGCCUUUUCUUAACUGAACCAAAUGAAGUCGCUCUCGCUAAGAUAUGGUGUGAUAAUCUUCCUAUUGAUCAUCGAUCGUCUUGAUUCGGCUGCCGUUCCUAAAGGUGGUGUCGGAGCUGGUGGUCGCGGUGUGAAAGGAAUGCGCCAUAAAGCGGGCGGAAGGAAAGCAGGAGAACGGCGUCCCGUCCUAAGUAGCGCCGGCAUUCGAGCUGGGGCAAAUACCGUCGUGCAAGAAUCUCCGACGCUCACGGCGGUCGGUGUUGGGGGUCACCCGUUAGGUAGUAGGAAAACGGAAGAAUCGGAAUCUUACUACAACAACCCAAAUGGAGCAAAGUUGAUAGACGCAUCGCAUUUCGAAUCGGAAUACAUCCUCGGUCGUAAGUUAGCUUUCUAUUGCAAAGCACAAGGUGUCCCACGUCCGCACAUCACUUGGCUAAAGGACGGUAUCGAACUAUACGCUCACCCAUUCUUUCAAGUGCAUGAAUACAAAGUUGGUAAAGAUCUGAUCAAAUCCAAGAUGGAAAUCGACCCAGCUACGCAAAAGGAUUCGGGUUUCUACGAGUGCCAGGCGGACAACAAGUACGCUAUUGACAAACGAGGAUUUCGCACCGAUUACACAUUAGAUGUCUAUUAAGUUCACACGUUUGUGAUACUGUGUCGCAAACUUUCCUUUUUUUUUUUGCUUUCCUAUUGUUCAAAUUUGUUCCUCGCUGUUAUAUCAUCUUCCGUUUUAGAGCACUCUGGAGACCUAUAUGGCUUCAGCGAUGAAGCUGUCUAGCCGUUUUCGACACUUUAUCUCUGCCAUUAAAACUUGAAAGAAAAAAACAGAACUGAAGCGUUAUAUAGCACUUUGGGGAAUUCAAAGUGGGAUUCGUGUCACGUAAGGUGGUUAGAUAAAACACUAAACCAUUACAUACGUCUUUUCUCUACGAGACAUGCUACACGCGCCAUAAUUGCUGUAUCUUGGCGUUACCGUAUUGAUGUAAACUAUCGCAAUAAA